AUGGGACCUCCUCGUCGCAAAGUUUUGGCUACGGCCCAGGAGACAUUGACUCCACCGGACGAGCUGGCAGACACUCACCUGAUUGUGCGUGCGAUCAAGGCAACUGGCAACAACAUCUACCUGAUCGAAUUGUCUGAUAAGCAGCAAAUGCUGGUUGAGCUUCCAGCUAAAUUUCGAUCGACUUUUUGGAUUAAGCGUGGAUCGUACCUUGUGAUUGACACAAAACCAUCGGAGGAGCGGGAAAAUAAGAUUGCUGGCGAGAUUAUCAACAUUGUACGGGAUGAGAAAGCGUGGAGAAAAGCUCCGUUCUGGCCCAAGGAAUUCGUUAAGCAGCCCGUGUUUACUGCCGACUCCGACUCCGAGGAGGAGUCUCGUGUGGGCAAAAUGCCCUCUUCCGAUGAGUCCGACGCUUGA